AUAAGGGACACUACAGAGCCUUUCAAGUCCUCUCAGGCUGAUGAAGAAGUAGAAGGUGAGGGCCUUGAUCUGACAAGGCACUGCAAGGUUCUGGCAGUGAAUGCGUGUGCCCACGCCAUCAUCUUCUGCAAACUUCUCCAUGACCUCAGACGUGUUUCCAUCAGGUGCCCUGAGAGCCUGGCAGACCCGCAGAAGCAGGGGCUCGUGUGCUUUUACCACAGCGCUUGGGUGGCCUGGGCAGACGUUGCGUUCCUCUGUUGCCUCCCAUCGCACGUGCCAUCCUUCUGCUCCGUCGUUUGGCCUGCCGUCCAGAAACCCUGCGUUGUGUACAGCCUCGUCACCGCCGCCCCUCUCCUCGGGUUGAAGCAACUCCUUUGCUACAGUGCCGUCGUGAGGCCGCAGUAUGGGUGCUCUGGCCAAGAGCCCAUUCCUGAGCAGGCGACAAAGGGGACAGUCCCAGCAGUGCUGCAAGACCCUGCUGCUGUGCAGGCGAUGUGCCCCUGCAGUUCCUGGGGUAAAAGCUCUCUUUUUCUUUAAACUUGGAAAAUAAGAGUCAAUGCUGAAUGGCUGAUGACCGCUUUCUACGCAGCCCUGAACAGCAGCACAUGGCAGAGCCUGCCUCACCAGAAGGCACUGAAAUUACUCAGUGACCUUUGUUUUCCUGAAUGCUGCCCGAUCUGUGCAGAGCAGAAAAUUUCCUGCCCACGGUUUGAGCACAAGAGUUUUGUCAGCAAAGGUGCUGAACUAACCUUCCCCUGGUUUGACUUGACAGCUGCACAACUGAGAGAGUCUCCCUUUAGCCACCUGCUAGAAAAGAGUGAGCUUGUCUGCUGCUAUUUUGCUCUAUUAUACCUGGCAUCCUUUGGAGACUGGCCUACAAAGCAAUGAUGUGGGCUGAUCAGCACCAAGACAUCUCUUACUUUAGCUGUAGUGGAGCCUUCUGUGAUGUUGGAUGACAAGUCUCAUGAUAAAACUGUCUCCACAGCUGCUUCUGACAUUUUCUCAGAAAUUCCAGAGGAAACUGCUGACUAUGAUUCUAAAUCCUCAUAA